AAUCAAAAGGUGACGUAGGCGAGAUUCUGUGUGGCGACGCGUUGUGCAAUGGAACAGCGGCUGGAGUUGGUGAAGAAGGAGAUACGCUCUCUUCUAGAAAGUAGGAAAGGAGGCUGUACCGUCAGCGAACUACAGAGAGACUACAAGAGCUUUUCCGGUCGUGAAUGUCCAUUCAGAGAAUUCGGACACAGAAGUUUUCGUGAGUUUGUUGACGCGAUUCCCGACGUAGUGCGCGCUAGUUACUACCAAGGGAGGGAAGUGCUCGCUGCAGUGAGUACAAAAGAGACAGCACACGUUGUGAAGCUGAUAGCGAAGCAGAAAUCAGCAGUGAAAAAGAAGGGCAGUGCACGACCCCCACUGAGGAGGCCUCGACCAUUGCUUGGCAGCUUUCCGUUCUUGUCGUCAAGUAGGCCGUUUGGACACUCGCUGCGUCAGCCACAAAGAAGAACGACAACGUACACGUAUCCGCCUGCUCAGCAUAGAACACCGCUACUCGACAGAACACCGCCUAAUCCUCGGUCUUCCAACGUUCCCACGUGGUGCCAGGGAAGAAUAUCAGAGAUAGUCGACUCUUUUUCGAACGGUUGUUCGGUACAUGAAAUGCAGUCUGUGUAUUUGAGUAAAUACAGCGAGCCUAUCAACUUUGGACAGUUGGGUUUCCGGACUGUUUUUGACAUGUUGGAGUCGAUGUACAGGUAUGUGACGCUAAAGUUUGUACCUGGCAGGGGGACGUGCUUGUUUCCAGUCGCAAGAAAUGCUGCGAGAAAUGCCAAUUUGUCAGCUGAUGCUUCUACAAAGAAGCCUGUCGCUAAAGCCACAAGUUUCAGUACAGCAAAUGGAGAGAAUGAAGACAGGAGUGAGGAGUGGUCAGAGCCAGAAGAAUUCAAGCAGUCUGACUCAGAAGAAAUUGUGAGAACUAACCUGUGGAAGAUUUUAGAGAAUAAGACGAGUGGAAUGUGGGCUGCAUCACUAGCUGCGGGCUAUCGAGAAAUGUACGGUCAUGAUAUACCCUUUAAAUCACUUGGGUAUGAGUCAGCUGCUCAGUUUUUGAAAACGGAGAAUAAUCUAUGGGCAGCUGAGCAACCAGUGCCCAAUAGUGAUUGUAUCGUCUUUCCGUUACCACUAGAGGAUGACGAAGAAUUUGAAGAGUCGGCUUUGUACAUUCAUGACUUGGAUCUGUGUGAUCUCGAUAAGAAGGUUGUUUAUGUCUUUGUCUCACACGCUGAUGAUCCCAACAGUUUCUUCGUCCAAUUGCUGGAGAACAGACAAGCAAUUGUUGAACUUGGAAGCCAACUACAGAAUCGAUGCUCUACAGAGUCACCAUCAAACAGCCUUGCUUCUAGACAGUUACAACCAGGGAUGGCUUGUUGUGCCAUGUUUACGGAGGACAGCAUGUGGUAUAGAGCAAGAAUAGUUGGCGUAACACAAAUGGAUGUUGUAGAGGUCUUUUUUGUUGACUUUGGAAACUGUGAGCAGGUUCCAACUGCGUCACUGCGAAAGAUAGAGCCUUCUUUGUGUGAAGUUUCAGCUCAAGCUGUUCACUGCAGGCUUGCUCGAACGGAGCCCAUUGGACAGAGAUGGAGUGUCGAUGCAGUGAAGAGAUUUAAAGAAUUGACUGUGGGUAAGGUGUUUGCCGGAAUGGACUGCAUCUGGAAGGAUGGUGUAUUGACGUUAACGCUAUGUGAUACACAUGAUAAUGAGAAAGAUAUUUAUGUUCACCACGUUCUGGUUUCUGAGAAUUUUGCCAAACACCACGAAAUAACUGAAAUAACAUCUGAUUUGAAAUCAGAACAAUCAUCUAAGGACGGUCACGUUUCUGCACUUGUCAACGGAGUUCAGAACUUGGCAGUGGCAUCACCACAACAUCGAUUUGUUAAGCGAGUACAAUUGACUGACGAUCACGUUCUACACGUUAUCAACCACUUUGGAACAGCUUACGUUAUGGGUGCAGAAGUGGUUUCAUGGCUAUGGCCACACGAGCCACAUUUGGUUCUUAGUUCUAAGUUGGAAGAGAAAAGACUUGUCGUAAAACGUGAAGUACUCAGUCGUAGAGGCCACAAACAAUUGUUUACCGAGUUAGAAAGUGAUUUCAAGAAUCUUGGAUCGUAUCUGACAGUAUUUGUUCUGACAGGCAUUCCUGAGAUUAUUGCCAUCUAUGGCAAUCCGUACAGUUUACUGUAUCGCGAGUUACAAAAGGAAAUUGAAGCAUUCGACUCUGAUCCUUACUGGUCAGGCGGAGAAGAAAAGAUUGAGCAGCCAAAUUAUGAUGAUCUAAGCGAUCAUGAGUUGUGUCAAGUUCAUGCAGAACUCGAUUUUAUAAGGAAUAAACUACUGAAAAAUAUGCUGGAUCUUGAACAGAGUACGGACACUGUGGACAGGCUCGUUAGUAUCGAGAGGCAGAUAGCGGAGGUUAAACAAGCAGGUGAAAAGAGGCUACAGGAAAGGAGGUUAAGAUAUGAUGCCGGACAUGAAGUAAUUCCAUCUGCUACUGCUUUCUACGUGAGCAACAGAUUGACAGCACCAGUGCCAGGAUCGUUAAUACCAGGACCAGGACAUCUUGUAAAUCCAGGAUUUGGUCGUGGACAUUUAUCUAAUAAUCCUUCCAUGCUUGGUGCUGAAGGUGUGAUGUCUCGCCCAGUUUCCAUGGGCAGGGGCAUGACUCACAACCAUGUUAUGACAUCCGAUCUAGGAGGAGGGUCUGUGUAUUCACAAGUACACGAAUCGUCUGUGCAGAUGCCUGCAAAUCUGUGGCAAAAUCAACAUCCUGUUUCUGUCAGUCAGUAUGCGGGUCUUUAUCAGUCUCCUGAAAUGGACUCGCCGUUUACUGACCCUGAGAUUAGAAAUGUGGGCUUGAAUGCCUACCGUGCUGCUGUUCCUUCAACUUAUCACAUCAGUAGCAACAGGACUAGCUCUUGGGGAAACAACAUCUAGCCAAUUGCAAGGCGUUGUUCGUGUUUUAAUAAUAUGUUUUGACUGCAAAAUCUAAGGAAACUAGAGAAAGACUGUAUUAUCUCAAGACACCGUUAUGGACAUGUAUAAAUGUUCAAUAAGUUGACAUAGAGUCUAUACUACUUAAAUAUGUUGGUUUUAUUGAAAGAAAUAGCUCAAUUUGUUUGAGAGAGAAA